AUGACGAACUUCGCAAUCAAGAUCGUCUCUGAUACGUGGUGCUAUGUGGGCAAAAAGCGUCUUGAGAAGGGCAUCAGCCUCUACAAGGCCGCACAUCCUGAUUCCAAGGAUACUUUCAGCAUUUCCUGGUUCCCUUAUUAUCUCAACCCCCAUGCUCCCGAAAUUGGGGUGGAGAAGGCGGAAUACAUGAACGCCCGCUUUGGUGCUGAACGUGUGAAGAUGAUGCAGGCUCGUUUGGCUCAAGUUGGACAAGCCGAAGGGAUAAAUUUCAAUCCUGGCGGAAAGACGGGAAACACCCGCGAUUCGCACCGGCUGGUCCAGCUGGGGAAAACCAAAGGUGAAGCUGUCCAGACACGAGUGGUGGAGGAACUGUUUGCAUCAUACUUUGAGAACGAGGGUGACAUCACCUCCCACGAUACCCUUACGGAAGCUGGGGUGAAAGCGGGACUAGACGAGAGUGAUGUAAGGGCAUGGCUAAAGAGUGACCAAGGCGGACCUGAAGUCGACCAAGAAGUUGCAGAAGCGAAACGAGCAUUUAUCUCGGGUGUGCCCAAUUUCACCAUCCAGGGCAAAUAUCAAAUCGGAGGAGCUGAGGAUCCAACGACCUUCUUGGAGACCUUUGAGAAAGUUCGAGCGGAAGAAACAUCUGGCUGA